GGCUUAUGUGAUAUAAAAGCCCUAUUUGAGCCGAUCGUCAGUUGGGGGAAAUCUUACUUUUCUUCCCGGUGGGUGAUGUGCAGCUCCUGAGAACACUUGGUUUUUAAUCCAACCGGCACGCCAAGAAAGCUUUUCCUCAGGUUACCUCGUGGUUCAGAUCAGCCACCAUCGAACCACCAAGCAGCUCUGCCUUAACAACCCCACCUACCAGCACUCUACACUGUAACAAAGCCACGACCUAAAGCUCGACAAAAUGAUGCAGAUCAGCAGCGACUCGGCCAGCAACAAGCACUCCCUCAUCAACGUCAUGCACCGCUUCAUAGCAGCCGCCAACAACAUGGACGAGACCAUCAUGGUGCCCAGCCUGCUGAGAGAUGUGCCGCUAGAGGAGCAGGCGGCCAGCGAGGUGGAGCCAAACAACAAUAACCAUGAACCGCCGUGUCCCAACAAGCAGAGGGACAUGUACGAGCACUACCUGCUCCUGAAGUCCAUAAAGAACGACAUGGAGUGGGGCCUGCUGAAGAGGGAGAUGAGCAGCGGAGCCAGCUUCCUGGAGAUGGCUGUGAAGCAGGAGGAGCAGCAGCCCGUCACCGGGGACCUGCUCCUGGAUGACAACUCUGACCUGGAGCAUCAGUUUCAUUAUCACCUUAGAGGACUGUUCGGAGUUCUGUCCAAGCUCACGCUGCAAGCCGACCACCUCACCAACAGGUACAAGAGGGAAAUCGGAGGCGGAAACUUCAUGAGAUAGAAGUCAGUUAUUCUCCUUUCCUUUCCUGCACUCCCGCCCUCCCCCCGGACUGCUUGACUUGCACAAUGGGAUGUGUUGAGAAGGGGCUCCCAUCUCUUCCUAAUAGAUCUCAAUGGACAGUGAACUGACCAGGGUAACCACUCUGACUUCUGUCACUCCUUCUGUAGCGACACUCCCUCCAAACAUACCUGAAACCGGUGAUGCCUGCACGUUCCCCCCCUCUCGCCUGUUUUCAGUGCAGAGGUUGGCACUUUGUGCUUGGUGGAGGUUUAUUGAAUCCAUGCCCAAGUCCAGAUGAAGCACAGCUCUGGUUUAUGCAGGCACUUUCCCUCUUCUCUUUAUUUUUGUCCUUUUUCAUUUUCAAGUUUUGAACAUGAAAUUGUCACCAGAUUGUGAAUAAAAGGUUUCUGACUGUAGGAGAAAUUGAAUGCUGGUUAUUCUGUCCCUCCUGUAAAAACAUGAUUUUAAUGCUGAGCUGAAGGGCUCUUACCUGCAGAGGUUUUAAAUCUUUCCACUUGGUAUUACUGUAACAUGGCGUGCCUGACUUUUUGUAUGCCCUCAUGCCCUGUUCAGUUACCUUCCCACUGUCUGACUGCUUAAAUGGUUCAUCAAGAUGUUCACGAUGAAACAAUUCGUUUGUCCUUGGAUAUUUCAAAACCAAUUUUAUAUUGAAGCAGAAAUGUAAAACUCAAUUAAAUAAUUGGAAACUAA